GCCGCCAUUUUGACUGAGCAACCCUAGUGACAGGAGCCGAAGGAGCAGCGCAGGUUGUCCCCAUUUCCCCUCCCCCUUCCCUUCUCCGGCUGACUUCCCGGGUCCCCUACACUCCACAGUCCCGGUCCCGCCAUGUCCCAGAAACAAGAAGAGGAGAACCCUGCGGAGGAGACUGGCGAGGAGAAGCAGGACACACAGGAGAAAGAAGGUAUUCUCCCUGAGAAAGCCGAGGAGGCAAAGCUAAAGGCCAAAUAUCCAAGCCUAGGACAAAAGCCUGGAGGCUCCGACUUCCUCAUGAAGAGACUCCAGAAAGGGCAAAAGUACUUUGACUCAGGAGACUACAACAUGGCCAAAGCCAAGAUGAAGAAUAAGCAGCUGCCAAGUGCAGGACCAGACAAGAACCUGGUGACUGGCGACCACAUCCCCACCCCGCAGGAUCUGCCCCAGAGAAAGUCUUCGCUCGUCACCAGCAAGCUUGCGGGUGGACCAAGGAGAGGACUCAUGUAGGACCAGCAUCUACCUCAAGGUUUCAGCUUCAGGACUAUUGACAUUUUGGACCAGAUACUUCUUUGUUGUGGGGACUGUCCUGUGCGAUUGAGGAUGUUAACAGGAUCUCUGUCCUCCACCCACUAGAUUCUCAGUCAAGACAAUCAAAAAGUCCCUACACUCGCCCUUCCUGUGCCCUUGUAAGGGUGAUGCAGUGCCUUGGGAGGCUAACACCGAAGGGUACAGUAAGUCUCCAUAAAACCCAGAGACGAGAUGAUAAAACUCCUCCUUGGAUCCUGUCUGGAGUCACAGCUGAAAAAAAAAAAAAGAGUCCCUACACAAAUGUCCCCUGGGGUCCUCGGGUUGAGGAGCACUGCUGACUUGAGGGAGGGGCUCACACAACUCUGGCCUGGGCCCGUUUAAUCUCAGCAGCACCCAUCCUCACUCCUCACCCUGUGCCUGGCUUCUUCCCUCACCGUUCCAUCUGGGGUUGCCGUGCCUGCGUUAGAGGGGGUCCUCUGACUUCUCUCUACACGAAAGUGGCACCUGGGGUGAAAAUGGGAAGCAAAAAUUUCUAUCUCUCUGCUCUUGUCCCAAGGGGAUCCCCCUGACUGGAUAGGAAUUUACAUAAUUGGUUAAAAUAAGACAAAAGAAGGUAUGCAGGACUCACCUCUUAACUGUGACUGCUGUGAAUCAAGACUGUGAUCGUGGCCUUAAGCCCCUUUCUUACCUUGAGGGUAGGCUGGGAGAAAUAAUUGACAGCGUAUCAUAGAAAUCUGCCUUUUCUAGGGAUCAAAGUACCAAUCAAACUAUACUGCAAGGCCACUGUAAUCAAAACAGUCUAGUACUGGCAUAAGAACAGACACAUAGACCAAUGGAAUGGAAUAGAAAGCCCAGAAAUAA